AUGAUACCAUCGACGGUUUUUUGUCAACAACAACAACAGCAACAACAACAAAAUCAUAACAAAAAUGAAAUAUCUUCAUCAUCAUCAUCAUUAUCAUCAUCAAAUGACGAUGGUAGAAGAGUUGAUGAAUCUAAUAAUAAUUCAUUUUAUCAUAAUCCAUAUCAUUCAAGUGGACAAAUGAAUUAUAUUGAUGUUCCACAACAACAAUAUACUAAUGAACAUACAUAUCCAACAUAUCUUGCACAACAACAAAUAUCCGAUAUAACGAAUCAAUCGGUUGAUGAUCAAAUUCAUGCGAAAUUAUUAUCAUUACAACAACGUGGAAAUCAAUUUCAGCCUCAUUUACAUAGAUCAUUUCAUUAUACCUAUAGAAAACGAACAUUAUCAACAUCUAAUUCAUUACUUAUUCCAAACACAGAUAGAGAGAGAAGUAAUACAGAUGAAGAACAACUCGAAAAAGCAGAAGAAGAAAAAGAAGAAAAAGAAGAUAACGAUGAUGGUAGUGAUGAUGAUGAUGGUAACAAUUGUAGUAUACCCACUUAUUAUUCUGGUCAAUAUUCAAAUUUCGAUGAACAUUUUGAUUUUGCAUCUGUUGUUCUAUGGUAUCGAAAUGUGAUGCGAUCUGUCAAAAAAAUUAUGUGA